GCACCUGUCUGUGUACUUGUUGAAACUCUCAGAAGUGUACUGUCUAAAACACGAGUAAAAAUUCAGUGUAACGGCGAUUUUAUUCCAAAAUGGCAUCGAAAGUCGAUUCCACUCCCACCCAUUACCAUGCGAGCUCUGACAAAAUGAACGGUUCGGAUGAAGCAGAUGUGUCGGAGGAGACGGAGGCGGAGCCAGAGGAGAGGUGUCGGGUGGAAGAGGUGGCGCUGGUGGUGCCGGAAACCGACGACCCAUCACUCCCAGUGAUGACUUUUCGAGCAUGGUUUCUGGGUAUAACAUCUUGCACACUCCUCAUAUUUCUCAACACUUUCUUCAUCUACAGGACCCAACCCUUGACCAUCUCUGCCAUCCUCAUGCAAAUUGCUGUGCUGCCCAUCGGCAAGUUCAUGGCCUCUACUCUUCCCACGAGGAAUUUUAACCUGUUUGGUUGGAGCUUUAGUUUCAAUCCUGGGCCGUUCAAUAUGAAGGAGCAUGUGAUCAUCACUGUGAUGGCUAAUUGUGGAGUCUCUUUUGGUGGGGGUGAUGCUUACUCGAUUGGGGCUAUUACUACUAUGAAGGCUUAUUAUAAGCAGAGCUUGAGUUUCUUGUGUGCUCUCCUCAUUGUCUUGACAACCCAGAUAGUGGGAUAUGGAUGGGCGGGGAUCUUGAGGAGGUAUCUGGUUGAUCCUCUUGAAAUGUGGUGGCCUGCUAACCUUGCUCAGGUUUCUCUGUUUAGAGCAUUGCACGAAAAGGAAACGAAAAAAAACGGGUUGACCCGGAUGCGAUUUUUCCUAAUAUUCUUGGGAGCAAGCUUUGUGUAUUAUGCAUUUCCAGGGUAUCUGUUUCCGAUAUUGACAUUCUUUUCAUGGGUAUGUUGGGCAUGGCCUCACAGCAUCACAGCUCAGCAGAUAGGUUCGGGUUACCAUGGACUCGGUGUGGGUGCAUUUACGCUUGAUUGGGCUGGGAUUUCAGCUUACCAUGGCAGCCCCCUAGUCUCACCCUGGUUUUCCAUUCUCAACGUUGGGUUCGGCUUUAUCCUCUUCAUAUACAUCGUAGUCCCUAUCUGUUACUGGAAAUUCAACACUUUCGAUGCCCAGAAAUUCCCCAUCUUUUCUAGUCAGCUCUUCACUUCUACCGGCCAAAAAUAUGAUACCACCAAGAUCUUGACUCCUCAGUAUGAGCUCAACAUUAAACCCUAUCAGAGUUAUGGCAAGCUCUACCUUAGCCCGCUCUUUGCCCUUUCUAUUGGAUCAGGAUUUGCAAGAUUCACUGCAACCCUCACUCAUGUCGCCCUCUUUCAUGGCAGUGAUAUAUGGAAACAAAGCAAGUCAGCAAUGAAGGAGGUGAAAUUGGACAUCCAUGCGAAACUGAUGAAAAGUUACAAACAAGUGCCGCAGUGGUGGUAUAUGGUGUUGUUAAUAGGUAGCAUUGCGCUAUCACUGAUGAUGUCUUUCGUGUGGAAAGAAGAAGUGCAGUUGCCAUGGUGGGGAAUGCUCUUUGCUUUUGCCUUGGCUUUUAUUCUUACCCUUCCCAUUGGAGUCAUUCAAGCUACAACCAACCAGCAACCCGGAUAUGAUAUCAUUGCCCAGUUCAUUAUUGGGUAUGUCCUGCCUGGGAAACCCAUUGCAAACUUGCUUUUCAAGAUUUAUGGGCGAAUCAGCACCAUUCAUGCUCUCUCUUUCCUAUCUGAUCUUAAACUUGGACACUACAUGAAAAUUCCACCAAGGUCGAUGUACAUGGCUCAGCUGGUAGGGACACUAGUUUCUGGUACGGUAAACCUGGGAGUUGCAUGGUGGAUGUUGGGGAGCAUCCCGAACCUGUGUGAUGUGGGAGCACUCCAUCCAGAAAGCCCGUGGACAUGCCCUAAGUUCCGAGUCACCUUUGAUGCUUCUGUAAUAUGGGGACUCAUUGGACCAGGUCGACUGUUUGGACAUGGAGGCUUGUACAGGAACUUGGUUUGGUUAUUCCUCAUCGGAGCUCUGUUGCCUAUACCCAUUUGGAUACUCAGCAAAAUCUACCCGGAAAAGAAAUGGAUUCGCUUGAUUAACAUCCCCGUUAUAUUGUAUGGAUUUGCUGGAAUGCCGCCAGCAACUCCCACCAACAUUGCCAGUUGGCUCAUCACCGGAACCAUCUUCAACUAUUUCGUGUUUAAAUACCACAAAGGAUGGUGGCAGAAAUAUAACUAUAUCCUCUCUGCAGCAUUGGAUGCUGGGACAGCUUUCAUGGGUGUCCUCUUGUUCUUUGCUCUACAAAAUGAAGGAAAAAAUUUGAAAUGGUGGGGCUCCGAGCCUGACCACUGUCCUCUCGCCACGUGUCCCAUCUUCCCCGGUAUCGCUGUUCAAGGCUGCCCAGUUUUCAAGUGAAACCCAUUUGAUGGCAUUAGAGCUUAGUUGUAGUAGGCUAGUUGUGUGUCGUCUUUAGGGGGUGUGUUUUGUGCUUCAUUGUAUACCAUUUUCCUUGUGUUUUGGCAAUAAAAAGUUUGCUUAUAAAAAUAUUUUUUUUAAAA